UUGCAGUGAAUUGAUGAUACUGCAUCUGGUUGAAAAUUUUGGGAAAAUGCCUUUCAGGUCUUAACACUCUUGGUACACUGUUGAAAGUUUCAUGUUAAACUUUAGCAGCUCUAGUUCUCUAUCAGUUUUCUGUUGUUGCUCCUGAUGGAUACUGAUUAGUGAUGAAUAUUGAUGUAUUGAGCAUUCUGCAACAGUUUCUAUUUAGCCUAGAUGAGUUGACUGUGAUUAAGUUUUUAAAACCAAGAGAAAGUAUAUUAAGCUUCGGAUCAUUCCUGUUUAAUAAAGCAAAUCAAUAAUUCUGGUUGGUGCCUGUCAGUAUGUUAUGUGGAGCUCAUCUAUUCCCUCCGUUGAUGCUUUGUUCUCUGCUUGAAGCUAUGGAUUUAGUAACAAAUAAAGCUCUGAAGCCCAUCCACCAUAAUAUUUCUGGUUUUAUGGUUUUGCAUGUUGCUUGAGGAAAUUGAUUGACUGAGGUGACCAACAACACAGUUUGUUAAUGUUCUAUUGUUUCUAAUACAAAAAUUUUUACUGAAGAUAUAUGUCAUAUCAUUACCAUUGUUUCUUAUACAUCUCUUGACUAAAGUGAGGGCUACAUUUUCUUCUACAAGAAAAUGGAGAGAUACAAGAUAAUAAAGGAAGUUGGUGAUGGAACAUUUGGUAGUGUAUGGCAAGCUAUUAAUAAGCUGUCUGGUGAAGUUGUUGCAAUUAAGAAAAUGAAGAAGAAAUAUUACACAUGGGAAGAGUGUGUGAAUUUGAGAGAAGUUAAGUCACUGAGGAGAAUGAGUCAUCCCAAUAUUGUGAAGCUAAAGGAAGUCAUCAGGGAAAAUAACAUUCUGUACUUUGUGUUUGAAUAUAUGGAAUUCAAUCUCUACCAACUUAUGAAAGACAGAGAAAAGCUUUUUUCAGAAGUUGAAAUCAGAAAUUGGUGUUUCCAAGUCUUUCAAGGUCUUGCAUACGUGCACCAGUGUGGAUAUUUUCAUCGUGACCUAAAGCCAGAGAAUCUGUUGGUUACUAGAGAUGUAAUCAAAAUUGCUGAUUUUGGUCUUGCACGGGAAAUUAGUUCACAGCCUCCAUACACUGAAUAUGUGUCAACACGCUGGUAUCGCGCCCCUGAAAUACUUCUUCAAUCGUACCUAUAUUCUUCAAAAGUUGAUAUGUGGGCAAUGGGUGCAAUAAUGGCAGAAUUGUUCACCUUAUGUCCUCUUUUUCCUGGUGCCAACGAAGCAGAUGAAAUCUACAAAAUUUGCAGUGUAAUCGGUACUCCAACUAAGGAUUUAUGGUCUGAUGGUCUUAACCUUGCAAGAGCAAUAAACUACCAGUUCCCACAGUUCCCUGGUGUGCAUCUGUCCACAUUGAUACCAUCAGCAAGUGAUGAUGCAAUUAACCUUAUUACCUCUCUCUGUUCAUGGGAUCCUUGCAAAAGGCCAAUGGCUGCCGAGACGCUUCGACAUCCAUUCUUUCAGAGUUGUUAUUAUGUUCCACCCUCUCUUCGCCCCAGAGUUGCUGUGUCUAGAACUCCUCCAUCUGCAUGCUUAGUUGGGGAGAAAGGAACAUUGGAAUGGCAAUCAGGUAGGAGAUUCUCUGGGGCUCUACCUAAUUCAAAGCUAACUGACAAUCAUUCCACUGUAAAGGCAAGUGCAUCUUUGGGCACAGGUGUGCAACUCAAGCUGGAUCUGGUUAAUAAGGAUCUUAGUAAUAAUGACAAGUCCUUGAAGAGCUCUGCUAGACAACCAAGGUAUCGGCCACCAGGAAGAAAAAGUCCAUUUGCUGCUGCAUCCAUCAACAAGGACCUGAAUGCCAUUGGAGCUGCGGAUGUAGCGGAUAAGUUGGCAAAUGUGACAAUUGGGAAUCGGCGGCCAUAUGUUGUGCAAUUAAGGCACUCCUCCUAUAAAGGCUGGGGUUCAGUGGACUGCGGGGUGUGACCUGUUUCUUAUACCUACCCCCAUGUGAAACUUGAAUCACCAGGAAAAAAGUAGCAGCAUGUAAUGUUGAUAUGCCCUAGCGUCAUGGUUCGUAUAAUAAAUAAUCGCUGGAGUCCAAAUAUCGAAAUGAGUGUUUUCUUUGAUAAAC